AUGAAACCUGUGAUCGUUUCUAUGGAAACUGUAGCAGUUGUCCUACUGGAUGGAAAGGCUCCUUUUGUAAUAUGUGUAAGUCCUGCUUGUGAAUACAAUGAAUAUGGAAAAGACUGUUUAGAGAGGUGCAGUGGAAACUGUUUAAAUGGUGAAACCUGUGAUCGUUUCUAUGGAAACUGUAAUAGCUGUUCUACUGGAUGGAAAGGUCCCAUGUGUAAUGUGUCCUGUGACAGCGGGGAAUAUGGAAAAGACUGUCAGGGAAUAUGUAGUGGAAACUGUUUAAAUGGUGAAACCUGUGACCGAUUUUAUGGAAACUGUAGCUACUGUUCUGUCGGUUGGAAAGGUCUUAUGUGUAAUAUUUCCUGUGAUAUCGGAGAAUAUGGAAAAGACUGCUUAGAGAGGUGUAGUGGAAACUGUUUAAAUGGUGAAACCUGUGAUCGUUUCUAUGGAAACUGUAGCUACUGUUCUACUGGAUGGAAAGGUCCUAUGUGUAAUGUCUCUUGUGAAAACAAUGAAUAUGGAAAAGACUGUUCAGAGAGGUGUAGUGAAAACUGUUUGAAUGAUGAAACCUGUGAUCGUUUCUAUGGAAAUUGUAGUCACUGUUCUGCCGGAUGGAAAGGUCCCUUGUGUAAUGUGUCUUGUGCGAGCGGAGAAUAUGGUAAAGACUGCUUAGAGAGGUGUAGUGGAAACUGUUUGAAUGGUGAAAGCUGUAAUCGUUUCUAUGGAAACUGUAGUAAAUGUUCUGCUGGAUGGAAAGGGCCUUUGUGUAAUAUUUCCUGUGAUAUCGGAGAAUAUGGAAAAGACUGCUUAGAGAGGUGUAGUGGAAACUGUUUAAAUGGUGAAACCUGUGAUCGUUUCUAUGGAAACUGUAGCUACUGUUCUACUGGAUGGAAAGGUCCCAUGUGUAAUGUCUCCUGUGAGAGUGGAGAGUAUGGAAAAGGCUGCUUAGAGAGGUGCAGUGGAAACUGUUUAAAUGGUGAAACCUGUAAUCGUUUCUAUGGAAACUGUAGCAAAUGUUCUGCCGGAUGGAAAGGCCCUAUGUGUAAUAUUUGUAAGUAUAAGUAA